GACAAGAUGGCCACACCAAAGAUGGACUACCUGCGGUCUCCUCUGGAUAAUAUCUACAAGGUGGUCCCACAAGGCGACGAAUCAGCACUGAAGCAAGCAUUUUACAACGCAGGUGCCACUCUCUUCGUGAUUCUCGUCUGCAGCGCGGCAGUCUCCGUUUAUUUCGUUCUGGAAAUAUUCCUUCGCCCCCUGAUGUGGGCUUUGCUGUGUGGAACUGUACUACACCCAGUUAAAAACAGCCUUACGUCUUGCUUAAGAGGGUGGUUGAAAGGACUCACGGAAUCAGGGACUCCUUUUGUCAUAGGGGUGGUGGUUUUACCCCUGAAUGUAAUUGACAAUGCAUCGCAGACAAUCGCAGGAGCUAUAAAACGGCACAUCAAGGCCAUAGUUAUCAUCGGCAUUGGUUUCCCGGUGACUUAUUUAUUGUACCAUUUUGGGCCUUUAGUAAAGAUUUUCAAUUUACUGAAGGCUAUUUUCUGGCUUGCAUAUCAGGCACUGGGUCUUUUUAGCUCAUUCUGGAUCUGGACAUUUGUGAUAGCUUAUUUCCUAGCUGUAGUGUUCUACUGGAACAAGCAGUCCAGUUCUGUGCUCCGCUAUCUCUCUGUACCUAUAUGGAUCGCGAUACUGUUCCACCUGGCCACCAAUGCUGGCGCCCUGAGGAUCCCCAUAGUGGUCAUGGUGGUCACCGCCAUGAGUGUGGGACUCGGGGCAGAAAUCAAGGAGGCAAAGCUUAAGAAGAGAAAAAAUGGUGAAGAGCAAGACUUGCCUGAUGUUUCUCCAACUGAGAAAUUAAAAGAAGCCUUGUGGCGAGUUAUCUCCGGAAGAAACAGAAUGGAGUCUAGGACAAAUUCCUCUAUCGCCUCCUUUGAUACCAGCCAGUCUGACUCAUUGCAGGAGAGCCAUCAUUCUGACGAGGAAAAUGCCAAUGUUCAGCCAAACAGACCUCCGGGAGCCGAGGUUGGUUUGCCAAUGGAAGAAGCCCGAAAACCAAAGACCUUGAACUUGAACACUGAUGGCCAAGGUCAGUCAAAAGGUCAAAGUCAGACUGAAGGUCAAGGACCAGACUCCUCACAAUCAAAGCCAAAGAAGGCACCAGCCAGGAAGAAGCGCUCAUUGAGUGACCACUGUUUUAUCUGGCUAUUGUGGGCUCUGGGGCUGGUUCAUAUUUGGAGGCAUUUCUGGCUGGUACAGCUGUUACCUGUCCUACUGGCUGUUUGGAUUAUUAAGACGCUUGUCAAAAUUGCACUCAGCAAUGACGGAUUCAAGGAAAAAUUAACAGAAGUUCAAAGCAAGACCACUGCAUGGGUGGAUGACCGCAAAGACGCACUGGUCCCUGUACCCAUACAAGGUCUGACCAAACUGGCCAUCAGAGGAGACCGCAAGAUUACCUCAGGGCUGGAGUCGUCCAUGGAUGCCAUCAUGAGUACUAUGGUUAUCCUUGGUGUGCUCAUAGGCACUGUGCUGUUUACUAUUUUUAUGGCCGUACAGGUUCAUCAGGAAAGUAUGCAUCUUGUCAAAGUAACCAGUGAUGUCCUCAACAACUCCCUCCAUCCUGAGUUCAAACAUUGGCUUCCAGAGAGUGAACAAGUACAGAAGGCAAUGGACUCCAUGGUUGGCAAUGCCUAUGUGUAUGGAAGGCAGUGGAUAUCCACACAGGUAAAUUAUAUAGCUGGGGAGAAUGCCAAUAAGACCCAUGUGGAGGCCCAGGCUCUGGCUCUAUAUGACAGACUGUAUGAGUCCUGGUUUUCUACUAAGAACACCACAGCAGUGAGGAAGACAGGCACCUUAACCAGGAGUCCUUCAUUUUCUGACCUGUCCAUGACAAACCUCACCAGUGCGUGGUCGGUCAUGAAAAACACAGAUUUCUCUGGAGUUGUCAGCUUUGUGCAGGACAAUAUUGGAACUCUCAAAUCCGUGUUAGAAUCUCUGUGGAUCUUCAUCAAGGGGAACAUGAAUCUUGCCCUGAGUGUCCUGUGGACCACCAUCUCACUGCUGUUUGGGGGAGGAACAGCUCUGCUCAACUUUGUGCUGUCUGCUGUGGUAUUCUUGACCACGUUGUUCUACCUGCUGUCGUCCAGCGGGGAGCACUACAAGCCAAUAGACUGGCUGGUCAGUAUAAGUCCAACAGCCUCGGACAGCACCAGUAAACUGGGGGAGGCUGUAGAGGAGGGAAUUAGUGGUGUAUUCAAGGCUUCCAUGAAGAUGGCAACAUUCUAUGGGCUGUAUACUUGGCUUACUCAUACUGUGUUUGGGAUAAAUAUCGUCUUUAUUCCAUCAG